CGUGGAGCGUCAACAGACAGAAGCGGACGGCUCGCCUGGCAGCCUGAACCCCACAGCGGACGAGUUUGUGCCCAAACUCGGGGCCGUGCCUGACGUUGUCGCCGAUGUUCCCGGCUCAUAUCUCAAUCCUGAGGCUCGGGAGUUCCAGCCUCACACUACAGCGCCCCCCGGUGGAGAGAGGCUUAACUGCACUGCAGCGCCCCCUGGCAGAGACAACAUAAACUGCACAUCAGCCACCUGGUGGAGAGAAGGUGAACUGCACUGCAGCGGCUCCCCCUGGCAGAGACAAAGUGAGCUGCAGCGGAGAGAAGGUGCUGCCCACCUACACGGCCCACCAGGUCCUGACCAGCGACUCCACUGUGGACGAGUUUGUUCUGAACCCCGGCGCUCCGGAGUUCGUUCCCCACCCGGGGACGGUGGAGUACAUCCCCAUGCCUCCAGAGGAGGACAGGUCUCCAUCCCCGAACGACUCCGAAACGGUUCUCGACUACUGGACAUCUGAAACCUCCGGCACCAUCAAGCGCAGGCCGCCCAUCAUGUGCACUGCAGAGGGAGCCAUGGUGGAGGUCACUGCUGCACAGGGGAGGGCAGAGGUCAUUGCCAUGGCAGCAGACCCCCUGCAGGGCAGGGCAGAGGUCAUCACUACGACAACAGACCCCCUGCAGGCCAGGUCAGAAGUGGAUGCAGCACCUAAAGAGUUUGUCCAACCAGAACCCCUCCUGGAUGCCAUCGUGGAAGACAGGUCACCUGAUGCACCAGCAGGUGUUUUCCCUGGUCCUGCUGACACGAGAACUGCCUCCAAACCUGAAAACAAGAAACCAGAACAAGGCAGCUCCACGGCUGAUGGUCGGGACAGCACCAUGGCUGAAGGUCGGGACAGCUCCAUGGCUGAAGGUCAGGACAGCUCCAUGGCUGAAGGUCGGGACAUCUUCAAGCCUGAAGGUCAGGACAACUCCAUGGCUGAAGGUCAGGACAGCUUCAAGCCUGAAGGUCAGGACAGCUUCAAGCCUGAAGGUCAGGACAGCUUCAAGCCUGAAGGUCAGGACAGCUUCAAGCCUGAAGGUCAGGACAGCUCCAUGGCUGAAGGUCAAAGCAGCUCCAUGGCUGAAGGUCAAAGCAGCUCCAUGGCUGAGGAUCAGGACAGCUCCAUGGCUGAAGGUCGGGACAGCACCAUAGCUGAAAGUUACAGCUCCAAGCCUGAAGGUCAGGACAUUUUCAAGCCUGAAGGUCAGAACAGCUCCAUGGCUGAAGGUCAGGACAGCUCCAUGGCUGAAGGUCAGGACAGCUCCAAGGCUGAAGGUCAGGACAGCUCCAUGGCUGAAGGUCAGGACAGCUUGAAGGCUGAAGGUCAGGACAGCUCCAUGGCUGAGGGUCAAAGCAGUUCCAUGGCUGAAGGUCGUAGCAGUUCCAUGGCUGAAGGUCGGGACAGCUGCCUGGUUGAGGGCAGAAGCAGAGGCUCAGGGGAGACCAAACAUGUCACCUUCAAGCUGGAGGACGAGAUCUGUGGCUACACCGAAACAGAAAUGUUUGAAGAGAUUCGAAUUUCAAGAAAGUCUGAAGGUGAUGAAGAAGCGAGAACAUCGAACAUGGCAGAAGUGAUGGCAGAGAUCCACGCAGAUCAAGUCCAGCAGCUCCUGGACUCUACAGCAGACCCGGCAGCAGACUGCAGGAAGGAUGGAGAUGCACAGCAGGACAGCGAGGAGUACAGACAGGACAGCGAGGAGUACAGACAGGACAGCGAGGAGUACAGACAUGUGGUGAACGUCAGCUUCUCUGUUUGUGAGAAAUCCUUGGACAGUCAGCAGGAAACUGAGGAAUCUGCAGAUGAACAGAAUCUACAGGAAGCUGCAGAUGGCCAGAAUCCAGAGGAAACUGCAGAUGAGCAGAAUCUAGUCAUGGAGUCGGUUUCUAGCAGCAGUGUACAGAUCAGCACCAAAGACCAGCCCUGUCCUGACAACACCAAAGACCACCCCGAACUGGACAGCACUGAACAGCUCCAUCUUGAAACCCAGUCACUGAACCAAGGCAGCUCAGAUAUGUCCUGCCAGGACACCAUCCACCCAUCCCAGGAUAGCACUGACCCACACCAUGACAGCACUGACCCACACCAUGACAGCACUGACCCACACCAUGACAGCACUGACCCACACCAUGACAGCACUGACCCACACCAGAACAGCACUGACCCACACCAGGACAGCACUGACCCACACCAGGACAGCACUGACCCACACCAGGACAGCACUGACCCGCACCAGGACAGCACUGACCCGCACCAGGACAGCACUGACCCGCACCAGGACAGCACUGACCCACAGCAGGACAGCACUGGGACAGACACAGAUGAUUCUGACGGGCCUCCAGAAGGCAUCUACCGAGUCACGCCUGUGGACGACCUGUACUCUGCGCUGGAGAUAGGGAAUAGGGAGGAGGAGGAGGAGGAAGAGAUGAGGACUGGUCAGCGGGAGGAAGAGCAGGAAGAGGAGGCAAAGAAGAUGGAAGAAGCACGAAGCAACGCGAUUGUGGAUGCUAAAAGCUCAGACACCAUAAACGGCAACAUAGUCCAUAACGGCCACACAGAUGACCAAUCACACGAAGGCGACACGGUGAACGGCAACUCUACCCCACAUGACAAGGAAGAAGACUCGACCCACGGGUUCCGAGACUUCCCUGUGUAUGAGACGGUCACAUCCUUCCGAUUCCAGGCCAACACCAUCAGGAAAGACCCAGAAGGUCCCGACUCGGAGUCGACUUACAUCAACGGGAUGUACGACUUUUCCCUGGAGAGUGCCGGGGCCGUGCGCAUCCUGCCCAGACACGAGUCGUCUCCCUACGAGCCAGUCGUCCGCGGUGACGUCAUCAGCACGGCGGCCCGCCUGUCUCGCGAGGAGAUGCAGAGCGACCAGAUCACCACGGCAACGCACAUCACCACGGCAACCCGCAUGGCAACCCGAGACGAACAGCAGCUCACCACCCGCAUGACCCGAGAGGACAUCAAGUUCAUCGACGAUGACGGAGAGGAGACCCACACCACCACGUUCCUGUCACUCCGCCAGCCGCCUAACAACUCACGCCAGCAGCCCAACACAAGCUCUCGGCAGCAGCCUGGUGCCAACACAACCUCACGAGCGCCGCCCAAAGCCAGCAAAUCCGUGCGGUUUGCAAAGAAGGAGGAGUACGUGGACAUAGAUGACGAUGAGGAUGAAUCUGAAGACUUGCAGCAGUCGGAUAAGGACAGUGUUUCUCCUGCAGCCACCCCCACGGAGGAGGACAAGGAGAACCUGGAGAUCACACGGGAGUUCGACAGCCUCGAGCACGAAGCCAACAACAUCGAGGCCUCAGAGCUGGACAGGAACAGCCAGGACGGGGACAGCGAGGCCGUCAAGGUCGUCGUCACGGCGAGCCACGCCCUCUGCCAGCCGCUGUCCCCAGUGACGGUGCCCGUGGACGGGAUUGUUCGUGCUCCGCUCGCUCACGAGGAGGAGGACGACGACACAGACCAGCCGCAGGGCGGAGUUCUGCACGGGGAGCGUGAGAUUCUCGUCGUGGCAGAGAUUCAUCGCUCCAGCAUUGGGACAGAGGAACAGCAAAGCCUCGGCCAGGAGAAGGGAACAGCAGCUAGAUGCUGUACUGAACAGCCUGAUGAAGGGACAGCAGCCAUGGCCAGCCCUGCUGAUGAGGGAACAGCAGCAAUGUCCAGUCCUGCUGAUGAGGGAACAGCAGCAAUGUCCAGUCCUGCUGAUAUUGUUGAUGGGACAGCAGCCAUGUCCAGUCCUAUUGAUGAGGGGACAGCAGCAAUGUCCAGCCCUGCUGAAGAGGGGACAGCAGCAAUGUCCAGUCCUGCUGAUAUUGUUGAUGGGACAGCAGCCAUGUCCAGUCCUAUUGAUGAGGGGACAGCAGCAAUGUCCAGCCCUGCUGAAGAGGGGACAGCAGCAAUGUCCAGCCCUGCAGAUGCUGAUGAGGGAACUGCUGCAAUGUCCAGCCCUGCUGAUGAGGGAACUGCUGCAAUGUCCAGUCUUGAACAGCCAGAUGAGGGAACAGCAGCAAUGUCGAGCCCUGCAGAUGCUGAAAAUGGGACAGCAGCCAUGUCCAGCCCUGAUCAGCUUGAUGAGGGGACAGUGGCAAUGUCCAGCCCUGCUGAUGAGGGAACAGCAGCAAUGUCCAGCCCUGCUGAUGAGGGAACAGCAGCAAUGGCCAGCCCUGACCAGCUUGAUGACGGAACAGCAGCAAUGUCUAGCCCUGCAGAUGCUGAUGAUGGGACAGCUGCCAUGUCCAGCCCUGCAGAUGAUGGAACAGCUGCAAUGUCUAGUCCUGAACAGCCAGAUGAAGGAACAGCGGCAAUGUCUUGUUCUGAGGACACAGAGGAUGAGGGAAGAAGUCCCCAGCAGGACAAGAAGGGGUACCAGGAAGUGGUGAUGGGCACGUAUUAUUCGGAAGGCUGUAUACUUAAGGUAGUGAAGACCAAAGUGAGUUCUGAGCCGAGUGAGGGUCAGCUGACGGAAGGUGUGGAGAACCAGGCUCCGGCCGGAGGCGGUCAGACGGGACCACAGGAGACGAGGAGGCAGGGAGAGACCAUUCGUGACGCGGGGAGGGAGGAAGAAACCAUUCGUGACGCGGGGAGGGAGGGAGAAACCAUCUGUGACGCGGGGAGGGAGGGGGGCACGUUCCGCGACCAGGAGGGGAACGUGGGUUUUCUGUCGGACAGACCAACUUUCGUGACCUUCGGGAAAGGCGCUGAUGACGUGAAGGAGGGCGGGGAGGGUUGUGAGCUGACGGGAUAACUCAGUCAUGACGGGAUGACGCAGAUAUGACUCGGACAUGACGCGUAAGGAAGUGCCAUGGGUGAAACUCACCAGUUUCUGCAGGAGUGCGGGCCGGCUGGGGAUUGUUAUAGUACCACUAGAAGGAUCAUUCGUUUGUAUAGAGUCCUGAUUAUUGUAAAUCAAUAGGAAUAGUUGUAAAGGCUGAUUUUCUGAUGACAAGAUUGUGAAUCCUGGACCGUAAGCUACCGAAGCAGUAGAGAUGAUGUAAUGCUGUAGCUCACAAGCCUGUCUUACUUGUGUGUGAUCUAAUAACUAAGCAUAGUCGGUAAGGAUAUAAUGUAUUUAGGAUUAUAGAGUUAGUAAACGCAAAUGUAGGCAUGUAGAACAAUGCUUGUACAGACGGUGUAAAUGGUUUUGGUCGAGCCUGUGUUAACCAUAAGGAGAAUGUAUUUGAUGCUGGGAUGUCCUCAGAGUUGUGAAUUUUAUAUUUGGAGGCUGGGAUAUCGAUACUGAUGUUGGUAAUGCUACGUACAUGUAUUAUUGCUAGUAUAGUGUCCAUUACGCUAGGAGCUAGCUGUAGUCAAUGUAAGGGUAAAUACAAUGCGGUUUCAGUAGUCAAGAAGGCCAUGUCAGUGGUACGGAACUAGCAGUGCAAUACGACAUGUUGUUUCCUAUGAUAUUUGUCACAUGUUACAUACAUGUUGAUCACAUGUUGCAUAUGUCCAAAAUGCUCCACUUUAUCAGCCAUUUUGGCUGAAAGAAAGACUAAUUAUUAUUGUUUCACGGCCAGCGCUGCCGAACAGAGCGUUUCACGAUGCAGUAACGUUUUAACGCUAGGCUCACAUUUAGUUUUACAUAUUGUGAUAUUUUAGGCAAGUAAGAUUUUUGCAUUUUUGUCACGGAUUUUGCCUGACCAUGAGUCAUGAAACUUUGUUACAGUAUUUCAUCCAAACAACCGAUCUGGGGUUGGCGCCAUUUGUGAUGUAUGUAGCAGUAGUUUGUGCUGUGCGCUGAUGUCGGGCUGUCCAACAUCACGUACAUGUACGGUAACGGACGCCUGCUGUGUCCAGAACCGGGCGCUAUCCAGAACAUAUGUUCAGACACGGUUCUGGAUAGUCCACGCGUAUCCAGAACCGUGCCUGGGGCAAAUCCUACGUUCUUGGAUACGCAGAGACUAUCCAGAAACGUUCCUGAUUCUAACCCUAACCCAUUCAGGCAUGGAAACAGACCAGCACGGUUCUGGGUACGAGGUGCCAUUAUCUGUUAUGGACUGUUGUGUACGCCGCACCUGUAAAUAGUUAUGGACACAUUCCGCUGAUGACGUCAGUUGUAACAUGAUACCUGGUAACCAUGGUAACCUCGUCGCCACUACAAUAUUUAUUGAACGAUUUCUUGUCGAUAACUUCACAGUAGAACUAGUGGAAGAAAUGAUGUGUAGUCAGCUGUUAGCGAAUCUGUUUUGUUUAAACCUUAGUUAAGGAUGCUCACUGAUGUCUGUGUGAAACUUAAGCACGUUUACUAUAACAAUGAAUUUAGAUGAGACACGUGCUGUUCUUGUUGAAAUAAGAGCACGCUUGAAGUUUAAAUGCAACAAUAAGGUUGUGUCGUCUUGCAAAUGCAGUCGAUGAUCACCAACAUUACAUGAUAUUUGUAACAUUUUAUUGGUCCAAUGGAGGGUUUUGGAGGAGCGAAUACUUGUAUACAAAUGUAUAAAUGACGAUGACCUGCCAUCAUGUUAAGAACAAUGUAACAUAGUGCGGAAUGGGAACGUGUUUACUAAUGCCAGCAAAUGUGAGUCAGUGGUAAAGUGUAAUCUGCACGACGCGUGUAGGGUUAGUUACACCCACUAGCUGCUAACUAGGUUUUAGUGCUGCAUCUUCAUUUGCUUAUUAUUUAUGUCACAUUUUGUUGCAAAUCCAUGACAAAUCUGUGCUGCAAGAAUUGGUUACAAAAGUGCGUUUGUCACUUCCAAAAAUAUUUGCAGUGCUCCUGAGAGGUAGAUGGAACUGUAUGAUUCGGACAGAGUUGCUCUUGUACAUGCAGUAUAAUGAUUAAUGUAGACAGGCGCCGACGUCGUGGCGUUCCCGUGAACUGCACGUGGCGUCCUCGUGAUCUGCACGUGGUGUCCACGUGAACUGCGCGUGGCGUUCCCGUGAUCUGCACAACGUCUUGUUGAAGUUGUGGGAAAGCGACGUCCUGAUGUAAAUGCAUCGCUUUUGCUCAGAAAAAACAUGAUGAAUAAACAAUUACGA